GGAAUAUAUCAGGACAUGUCCUUAGAAAAGAAUUACAUAUUCUCCUAAAAUUCCAUGCUUUACGGGAAUUUCAUUCGACUCCGCGCUAAACCCACUCGGGAAGCUUCACCGAUGGCCAAUCACGUGAUUAUCAGAUAAUUUUCUGUCGCCGAAAAAAAGGCCAAACACGAGUAGAGAAGCACGCAUUUCGACAACGGCCAAAGACAAAUAUGGCUGGCGCUGUUAACCCUAGAAAGAGACGGCGGGAGCCCGUUAAUGUCGAUGUCAAGCUUGUUGAGAUAUACGAAGAUCUCUCCAAUGAACAAAAUGAAAUACGUCUAAAAGCUGCUCACGAUUUAUUGUCUCGAUUUACGCCAGAUCAAAAUGCGCCAAACGAGCAAAUUGAAAAGGUCUUGAAAAGGUUAUUUCGAGGACUAUGCAGCAGCCGAAAAGCCGCGAGAAUUGGCUUUUCUAUUGCACUCACAGAGCUCUUGUCGCAAGUGUUCUCGGGCUCCAACGGUCGAAAUUCGGAGGAGCUGAACAUUCCGAAGACCAUUGAGAUCCUGGAGUCGCAGACCAGCCCGGUAAACUGUGCUUCCGGUCAGGAGGAAAGAGAUCACUACUUUGGCAGAUUAUUUGGAGCGGAAGCCAUCCUAAAGUCCGCUAUUUUACUCCAGCCUGAUGUUCCAUUCGAGAACUGGAGUAAACUUCUUUUCUUAAUUUUUGAAUUGGCCAAGAAAAAGCCGUGGCUCAGGGAAGAAUGCGGAUAUAUCAUCUACUGUGCGGUGCGAGACAUUGCCAGCAAGAAAGCCGGCAUCCAAUACGUAGACGCAAUCAUCAAAGGGCUAGCAGAGAACGGACUUGCAAGGACCCCUGAGGGUGUUGCGAUUUGGCUGGCGGUAAUGGAAUCUUCCUUGCCAGUGAACUUUGCCUCCGGUGUGUGGCAGAACAACAAUCCAUUGCAUUCGAAAGAACGAUCCUCCCUGGCGAAGAUUAUGAAAGAAUCAUCAGAUCUCCAUGCUGAGCAGAAUGGCGAAAAUGGAACGGCGAAUAGGUCUGGCGUCUGGAAUCCAAAGCUCCAUUUCGCGUGGGAUCCAAUCCUCGCCAAGCUAUAUACAUUUUCUCAGGGCAAAAAAGGGGACAAAUCUUCUAAGCAAAUAUCUUUUCCUGAUUUUUGGACCGAAGUUGUUGACAACGGACUUUUCGCCGCUGCUUCCUCAGAAGAGCGGAAAUAUUGGGGUUUCCUGGUAUCUAUGAAGGUCAUCAAUGAUGGCCCCAAAGAAGCCGCCGGAUCGGUAUUUACAAAAAAUUUCGUCCGCUGUCUGAUGAAUCAGCUAUCAGUUGAGGAUCGAUAUCUUCAUCGAAUAGCCCAGAAAGCCGCAAAGUCGAUACAGGCCCGUGGAGCAACGGAUCCAGAAUUUAUAACCCCGGCACUUCGCGGCUUGAUGGGCUCAGCGGGUGCCGUCAAUUUCGACCAGGUGACUAAGACAAAGACCGUUGAGAAAUUAAUCGGUGAUGGCUCCGUGGACGGUUUGGAGCAGGCGGUUCCUUUCCUGGAAGACUUGAUCACCAAACCAGGUGUGGACGAUGCGAAAGUGGCUGGGUCAAGGAGGCAGCAACUCGCUACCCUCCUCAACUCGAUCGUAAAAUCGCUAUCCAUUAAAUCAAGUUCGCCGGAUGAUCUAGAUUCCACUAUCAAGCGUGUUAUGCUAGUUGUGGCUCGGUUCGCGUAUUUUGUGCCUGUGGAAAGCAGCAAGAACAAAGCCACCGUCCCCGAUCCGCCGAUCACCUCGUCAACGCAGGAAUUCUUCAGGAAUAAAAUUUCAUCAUGCCUAAAUAUGGUCGUUGCUGGGCGCAAGAAUGCUUCGACUAUCGCAUGUCAGGUCGUUCAGAGCAUCCACGACAUGAACGAGAAUGGAGAAUAUGGAAAAUUCGUGAUCGAAAUGGGUGAAGAAAUCAGCGGAUCGGUCGAUUCAGCCUUCAAAAUAUUGAAAAAGAUCCAGCACAAGGAGAAGAAAAGUGAAGCCGGAGCAGCUAGCAUUCAGGCACUCAAGCUGCUCUACGCCAUGACCAUUUUCCAGGUAUACAACGGCGACGCUGAUGCCGUGUCCAUGUUGGACGAACUUAAAAUAUGCUAUGAUAAAUUUGUCAGUCGGAAAAAGGCUGAUGAUGCUGAUACCGCGGAGGCUUCUGAUAUUUUGGUUGAGAUCUUGCUAAGCUUCGCAUCGAAGCAAUCUCAGUUAUUUCGUCGCACUAGCGAGCAAGUCUUCGGUGCAUUUGCCGAUCGAGUUACAGCAACGGGCCUUCAGUCGUUGAUUGCGAUUCUGGAGGCGAAGGAUACCCUUGCAGGACAGCAGGAAAUGUUCGAGAAUGACGAUGAAGGGAGCGAUGUGGAAAUGAUCGAUCCAGACGAUGAUGACGUUGAAGAGAUCGAUCAGUCUGGAGAGGAGUCCGAGGAGGAUCUUGAGGCCUCGGAUGAAGAAAGUGAUGAGGAUGGAUCCGAAAACGAAGACGGAGACGAACUAGAAGAAUUUGAUGCUAAACUGGCCGCUGCACUUGGAACCCACCGUGCGGACAAGGACCUGGACGCGUGCUCGGAAAAGUCAUCGGACUCCGACAUGGAUGACGAUCAGAUGGAAGCGCUCGACGAGCAGCUAGCCCAGGUAUUCAAGGCACGCAGCCAAGUGACGAGCAAAAAGAAGGAAAAGAAAGAAGCCCGCGAGAACAUGAUCAAUUUCAAAAACCGAGCACUCGACCUCCUGGAAAUAUACGUGAAAAAAUCACAUUCGAGCAUCAUCGCGACCGACAUCCUCCUCCCACUCCUGCAGGCCGUCCGCAAGUCCAAAGUGCAACAGAUCGCCAACAAAGCCAGCAAUGUCCUGCGUGAGUAUUGUAAGCUCUGCAAGGGAAACAGCCUCCCCGCCGUCGAAGACGAGGACCGGCUGUGGGACUUGCUCAAAGCGAUCCACGAGGAGGCCACGCAUAGCGGACCGGCUUUCCACGCGACGGCCUGCAGCCAGGCCAGCUUACUGAUUGUGAGAAUAUUAGUGGCGCAGAAGAAGGAAAACGCGAAGGGUAUCGUGGAUGUGUACGCUGAGACGAGGAAGAGACAGCUCCUAAGUAAGAGGUGCCAUGUUCAGCCGUCGUUCUUCUCGGACUGGAAUAACUGGUGCGUCUCUGCGAGUAAGCAGAUGAAGGAGUGAGGUGAGGUGAGGUGAGGUGAGGCCCUGUGUAUGCAUACUGUACAUCCUUUAAAUCAACCCUCCAAAGGGGUACCAUCAGGAGGAAAUCACAAUAUGAAAUAUAUUUACUUCUCUUUU